AUGCGGGAGUAUGGCCUAUUUAAACUCCCCACAAAACAUUCCACUGGCCUUCCACUGGGGUUCUCACUGCCGCCGAAAGACCAACCAACCCCCUACGCCACGGAAAAUCCCCUAGUCAACCUGACAAUGCAGCUGCCUGAGGCUGGAGCUAAUAAUGAGUGUUCAGCUUUGGGCGAUAUUGGCAAUUCCGAUCAGGAAGACACAUGGCUGCCCCUGGACCUUAGCAUUAGGCCAAGAGACGGUGUUCAGUGA